AUGGCAGCCAUGUUUGCCUGCCUGCUCUUGUUUUGGAGGCAUGUGAUCAAAGGGCCACCACCAGAGAACAGGAUUUGGGACUGCCAAGAGCUCUUCCAAUCAGAUGUGACCUAUGGUGAAUGGGUGAAGAGCUUGGUGGAAUGUGCAAAGGCCAAUCCAAGUGAGGAGUGGGCCAAACAAUUCCUCAGUCUGAAGGUUGUACCAGAAGAAUUUGAGCCACAAAGACAAGUGCAGCAGACCUUGGAGUGUGGCUUUUUGAAGGCCAUGAAGAGUGCAGGUGGAGGUGCACAGCCCAUCCAAGACAAGCAGGAAACUGAGGAAGAAAUGAGACAAAGGGUGAGAAGGGAAGUUGAAGAGCAAAUGAGAAAGGAGACCUUGGCUCUUGUCCAGCAGAAGAAGCAAGAGCUGCAGAACAAGGAACUAGAAAAGAUACAAAAGCAGCAGGAGCUUGAAGCCAAGGCCAAGGCAGAGCAAGAGAGGGCCAGACAAGAGGCAGAGGAGAUGGUGAGGAAAGAACUUGAGGCCAAGAUCAGGAAGGAAAUGGAAGAACAACUGAGGGCCAACCUGGGCCAGCCUGGGAGCAACAAGAACCAGAUGGAUGCAGCAGCAGCAGCAGGCAUAAAGGAGGCUGAGCAAAAGAUGAAGAAAAAGGAAGAGGAGGCAGCCAUGAAGGAAAUGCUUGAGAGGAUUAGGAUUCAGAAGGAGGAUGAGGCAAGGCUGAAGAAAGAGGCAGAAGACAAGAUGAAGGAGGAGGUGAUGGCAAGGCUGAAGAAAGAGGCAGAAGAGACGAUAAAGCAGGAGGAGGAGGCAAGGCUGAAGAAAGAGGCAGAAGAGAAGAUGAAGCAGGAGAUGGAGGCAAGGCUGAAGAAAGAGGCAGAAGAGAAGAUGAAGCAGGAGAUGGAGGCAAGGCUGAUGGCAAGUCUGAAGAAAGAGGCAGAAGAUAAGAUAAAGCAGGAGGAGGAGGCAAGGCUGAAGAAAGAGGCAGAAGAUAAGAUGAAGCAGGAGGAGGAGGCAAGGCUGAAGAAAGAGGCAGAGGACAGGAUGAAGCAGGAGGAGGAAGAAAGGCUGAAGAGAGAGGCAGAAGAUCAGAUAAAGCAGGAGGAGGAGGCAAGGCUGAAGAAAGAGGCAGAAGAGAAGAUGAACCAGGAGGAGAAAGAAAGGCUGAAGAGAGAGGCAGAAGAUAAGAUAAAGCAGGAGGAGGAGGCAAGGCUGAAGAAAGAGGCAGAAGACAGGAUGAAGCAGGAGGAGGAGGAGGCAAGGCUGAAGAAAGAGGCAGAAGAGAAGAUGAAGCAGGAGGAGGAGGCAAGGCAGAAGAAAGAGGCAGAAGAUAAGAUGAAGCAAGAGGAGGAGGCAAGGCAGAAGAAAGAGGCAGAGGAAAUGAGGUUGAAAUUGCUACAUCAUGCCCAGGCAGCACAGUCAAGCCUGAAGCCAAAGGCUCCCUCUCAGGAGACCAAGGAUGCUGUGGCCAAGAUGUUUGGCAACUAG